CCAUCCACCGAUCAGAGCUCACCAAAGGGGUGACUACUUCCUUCAUUUCUGCCGGAGAAACCGGUGCUUUUUCCUUCUCUAGUUCACAGAUCCAAAAGGUGGCCACGCUUUCUUCACUUCUCCAGGGACUGGAAGAAGAAGGCCAAGAGUCAAGAAUGGAGGACGAGAGCAACUUUAGGCACUGGGCUGAUUUGAUACCGGAUGCCCUUGGGUUGAUAUUCCAGAAGCUUCCCCUCCAGGACGUGCUGACCGUCGUCCCAAGGGUCUGCAAAUCAUGGGAGAGAGCCGUUGCUGGGCCCUACUGUUGGCAAGAGAUAGACAUUGAGGAAUGGAGCAUGAAUUCGCUGCCCGAAAACAUUGACCGAAUGCUUCGGCUUUUGAUCCCCAGAUGCCAAGGUUCUCUCCGUAAGCUCCGUGUUUCUUGUGUCUCCAAUAAAGACACCUUCGCCUUCAUUGCAGACAAUGCCAAACAUAUGCACACAUUGGGGUUGCCAAGGAGUGAAAUUGAUGAAUGUUUGGUGGAUGAGCUAGCUGAGAAGUUCAGCAAUGUGACUGUGCUAGACAUCAGCUACUGCAACAACAUGGGGGAGAUAGCUCUUGAUGCCUUCGGGACGCACUGCAAGAACCUCAAAUCUCUUCGCAGGACAAUGCACCCUCUAGAGGUCAUUGACAAGAUCUCCCAGGACGACGAAGCAUUAGCCAUUGCUGACGCAAUGCCCAACCUCAAACAGCUUGAGAUUGCCUACAUGCUGGUGAGCACGGAGUGUGUUGUGGAGAUCAUCAAGAGCUGCCCUCAGCUUGAACUGCUGGAUGUCCGAGGUUGUUGGAGCGUCAGCCUAGACGAAGAGUUCUUGAAGAAGUUUCCGGGGCUUAAGGUUGUGGGGCCCGCGAUUGUCGACUGCUACGCGAUGGACAGGUGGGACGAUUGCUCUGAUAGCUCUGACUCUUCUGGGUUCUAUCCAUGGGACAUGGAUGAUGGUGAUGAAGAUGAUGAUGGGCUGUGGGAAGUCGGCGAAGGUGUUGAAGAUGUUGAGAUGUGGUUUUAUGAUGGGUCCAAUAGUAUGAAUGCUGGUUAUGAUUGGCCUCAAUCUCCUUGAACUCCUUGAAGCCUUCUUCUUCUUCUUCUGGCUAUGGGAGACAUAUUGAAACUUUUCACAUACAGAAAAAAAAAACAGGGUUAUGAAUGUUGUUUGUUGUAAAAGUGAUAUGAGUAUACCAUUGUUUAUCAGUCUUAUUAUUAUUAUCCUCAAACAAACUCAAUAAUUGUCUUUGUUGUAAGGGUUUAUGUUCUGCAAUUUAUUAUGUAAUGAAUAAAUGUAAUGUUGUGUCAGCCUGCUGAUACAUCAUAUAUAAAUGUUACUGUGUUUC